AUGAUACGAACAUCAUUGCUUAGAUAUCAAGUGAUACAAUCUUCCUUAUGUUCAUUUCCCAUAUUACAUACUUUAAAUAUUCAAACUCAACGAUGGAACAGUAUUAAAAGAAAAACUGACUCCAAACAACAGAUGAUUAUUGAUGCUUGGGGUCAACAUCCAACAUUACGUCAUAUUCAAGAUCCUAUAUUUGAUAGUUUACGUCGUUGGACAAAAGCAUUAACUUAUAGUGAAGCACCAAGUGUAGCUUCAACAGUAGCUGUUCUUGAUGCUGCUGGUGUUGAUCGUAUGUUAAUUAGUGCUUGGUAUGCUCCUAAUAAUGUAAUGAUAUCAAAUGAAGAAGUAUAUGAUUUUGUAUCUCAAUCAAAUGGACGAUUAAUUGGUGUUGGUUCAGUUGAUAUCACUCGACCUAUGUUAGUUAUGCGUGAAAUUCGUCGAUGUGUUGAAAAAUUUGGUUUUAAAGCAAUUCGUGUACUUCCAUGGUUAUUUCAAGUACCUCCAACAGAUCGACGUUUUUAUCCAGUAUAUGUAGCAUGUUGUGAAUUAAAUAUUCCAUUUUGUACACAAAUUGGUCAUACUGGUCCUUUAAUGCCAUCGGAAGUUGGUCGUCCAAUUUAUCUUGAUCAAGUAGCACUUGAUUUUCCUGAUUUAACUAUUGUUGCAGGUCAUAUUGGAUAUCCAUGGACAGAAGAAGCUAUUGCUGUUGCUACGAAACAUCUCAAUGUUUAUAUUGAUACUUCAGCUUAUACUAUUCAACGUUAUCCUCGUACUUUAAUUGAAUAUAUGCAAACUCAUGGUCGUAAUAAAGUGUUAUUUGGUACUAAUUUUCCAAUGAUUACUCCUACUAAAGCUCUUGAUGGUCUUAAUGAUUUGGGUCUUGAUGAAACGACUCGUGCUCUUUUUCUUGGUCAAAAUGCUGCACGUGUUUUUCGCCUAUAA